GGAUAGCGAUAACACCGCGUGUGGGCCUUCCCUUUCGUUGCACAGGUUUUAGAACCACAGUAACAACCCGUAUUGCACAGAUUCCUUCCUCUGCUGUCGCUUCACAGUAAAAAAGAAAAUAAAAAAAAACCAGACGACACAGCAGUAAUGAGCGAUAUCUACAGCGCCACCGAGACGACGCCAAUCAUGAAUGAGCCGACGAGCGAGGGUGCGCCGGCGAUCACUUCACACAGCGCUGAGCGCCACUGGGUGUCCCCCAGGAUCGUUCUCCUGACCUUCACCGCCCUCAACUUUCUUUUGUAUUUUGACCGCGGCGCGACGGCCGGCGCGCUGUCCUCCAUUCGAGUCGAUCGCCACAUUGUCAGCAGAGGCGAUGUUCUUUCGGAUGCGAAGAGCGGCCUUCUGGUGUCCGGCUUCACCAUCGGCUACUUAUUCACGAGCCCGCUGUUCGCCUCUCGCGGGAGUGCGUGGGGCUCGAAGACGGUCCUCCUGCUCGGGAUGUUUCUGUGGUGUGUGACGUGUCUCGGCUGUGCGGCCGCCUUCUGCUACGGCUUUUUGCUCUUCUGCCGCAUUUUCGUCGGCGUGGGCGAGGCGGCCUUUGUCGGCUUUACGGUGACCAUAAUCGACAACAUCGCGCCGCCCGCCCGCCGCACCUCGUGGAUCGGCUUCUUCUACUCGAUGAUCCCCGUCGGCACGGCGGUGGGGAUGGGCUGCGGUGGGGUGCUCACGUCGUACCCGUCGCUGUACGGCAUCACUUCGUGGCGUCUCCUGUACCUCGGCGAGGUGGUGGCCGCCGUGCCGAUCAUCGCGUUGCUGUGCGGCAUCCCGUCGCGCUACCACCUAGCGCCGACGGCGGGCGAUGCCACCUCGCUCACCUUCGCAGCCGCCACGCUGCUGGUGCUGCGCAACGUCAACUACAUGCUGCUCGUCUUUGGCUUUGCCACCUACUGCUUCGUCACCGGGGCCGUGUCCACAUGGGGCAUCCCGCUGUUGCACGAGGGACCUCUGCAGCUCUCGAAGGCGACGGCAGCCGUUUUCAUGGGCCUUGCGACCACGCUGAGUGGGGUGGUCGGUUCGCUGCUCGGUGGCUUCGUUGUUGACCGCCUGGGAGGCAGUGCCGGGGUCCAAGGCGCCGUACAGUGCCAGAAGUUUGAUGUGUUGAUGAUCCUCAUCGCCAUCCCCUGCGGUGCCGUGGCGUUGCUGGCGACGGAGGUGGUGCGGUUCGCCGUUGCCUUCACCGUGGCGGUCGUUGCCCUCUUCGCCAUCACCGCCCCCAUCAACGCCUCCAUUUUGACGGUGGUGCCGGCGGAGCUGCGCCCCUACGCGGUGAGCUACUCCGUCUUUUUUAUUCACCUGCUGGGCGACUUUCCCUCGCCGACGCUGACGGGGCUCGUGUCGGACUACCUAGGGCGCCACUGCCACGGCCUACCGCAGGAGCGGUGCGCGGCGGACGCGGCGCAGUUUCAGUGUGCAUGGGUGACGGACACCGCGGCGGGGCACUGCACCAAUCGGCUGCAGCUGCGCAACGCUCUUUUGUUGGUCUUCACGUAUCUGCUGAUCGCCCCGCCGUGCUGGGCGGCGGUGUGGUGGCGCCUGGGCAGAGAAGCGGCUGAUGCCGAACAUGCGGAAGAGGUCGUGGUGGAAGGCACCACAACGUCUUCUCCGUUGCUGACUGGGCAAGCGCCAGUUUGUGCCCCUACUUCAUCGCCUGCUCGUGCGGAUGACAACAACAAAGAUGCUUAG